AUGAGCGAGGCGCGCGGAGCGGAUCGCGCCGCGCUCACCGCCCGCGCGGCGCUGGCCAGCGUCGCCGUCGCGCUGCUGCUUAUCGGGCUCAAGGCGUGGGCGGCGCUGGAAACGGGAUCGGUCGCGAUGCUCGCUUCGCUCGCCGACACCGGGCUCGAUCUCGUCGCUUCCCUCGUCACCCUGUUCGGCGUGCGUGUCGCCGGCCGACCCGCCGACGCCGACCACCGUUUCGGCCACGGCAAGGCGGAGGCGCUCGCCGCUUUGUUCCAGGUCGCGGUGAUCAGCGUCUCGGCAGUGGCGAUCGGCUGGCAGGCGGUGCAGCGGCUGCUCACCGGCGCGACGGCCGCGAACGCCGAAUAUGGCAUCGCCGUCUCCCUGAUCGCGAUCGCGGCGACGCUCAUGCUCGUCGCCUAUCAGCGCGCCGUGAUCCGCCGCACCGGAUCGAUCGCUAUCGAAACCGACCGGCUCCAUUACCAGAGCGACCUGUUCCUCAACCUUUCGGUGAUCGCCGCGCUCGCGCUUGACCAGUAUUUCGGCCUCACCGGCGCCGAUCCGCUGUUCGGCAUCGCGAUCGCGCUCUGGCUCUUGUUCGGGGCGCUGCGCGCCUCGACCCGCGCCAUCGACCAGCUGAUGGACAAGGAAUGGCCCGACGAAAGGCGGCGGCGGGUGGUGGAGAUCGCGGCGCGCCAUCCGGAGGUGCGCGGCGUUCACGAUCUGCGCACCCGCAGCAGCGGCGCGGUCGAUCACAUCCAGUUCCACAUCUGGAUCGACCCGCAGGCGACCGUGAGCGAGGCCCAUCGUGUGGUCGAGGCCAUUGAAACGGAACUGGCCCGCGAAUUCCCCGGCGCCGACGUGCUAAUCCACCUCGAUCCCGAAGGGCAGGUGGACCAGCCGGACAACCCGCUCGCCGAAACCGACGAAAGCGAAGGAUUGCGGACGUGA